AUGAGUGGGAGGAUUCUCUCCCACAGACUUGUUCCGCUUGCGCGGGCUGGCCUGGCACGCCAUCUUCAUAAUGCAGGCGCCCGAACCGGGGGUCUUCUACGUGCUGAUGGUGGUGCCGCCUUGAGGGGACGCGCCUGGCCCAUCGGCUCAAAUGGUAUUCACAAUAAUGUUCCUGCUGUUCGAUCAAUCUCAUUUGCUCGCAUGCUGCCAAAGUUGGCCCUCAAGCUUGUCCGUCUUCCAGCUAUGUUUGGUGGAGCGACGAUUGCGGGAGUCGCAUAUUUACAGUAUCAAGCAACUCAGGCUGGGAAUUAUGCAGUCGAUAUGAUAAAAGUAUUUGGGGAAACUGCCGGCAAUACGGCAUCGGGCAUCUUCCAGGGACUUCAGGAUGUGGCGGAACAAACACAGCGUGGAUGGGAGAAGACAACGGAGGAUGUGGAUCUCCCUGAGUGGUUGCAGAAGAUUCUGCGUCUCGAUGAAGAAUCAAAGUCUCAGAAGGAGGGUCCCGGUGGAGGCGGCAAGGAGCCAAAGGAAGGUCGAGCAGUAGGAGCUGCGGCUGCUACUGGUGCUGCCUUUGGUUACGACCAGUCGAGCGAGGAGGACUCACGAGCUGAAAAAGAGAUCGCCGAAGACGAUCAGAUGAUGGUCCUUACCCGGAAAAUGAUUGAGAUCCGGAACAUUCUUCAAUCGGUUGGCCAGUCCGGAACAUUGACUCUGCCUUCCAUUGUGGUCAUCGGAUCCCAAUCUUCAGGCAAGAGCUCGGUAUUGGAAGCCAUCGUCGGACACGAGUUCUUGCCAAAGGGCUCGAAUAUGGUCACUCGUCGCCCGAUCGAACUCACCUUAGUCAACACCCCUAAUGCCCAGGCUGAAUAUGGCGAAUUCCCUGCUCUCGGCCUCGGCAAGAUUACGGACUUCUCUUCGAUUCAGCGUACCUUGACCGACCUGAACCUUGCCGUCCCAGAAAAGGAAUGUGUCUCGGACGAUCCUAUUCAAUUAACAAUCUAUUCCCCGAACGUUCCCGACCUCUCUAUGAUUGAUCUCCCGGGUUAUAUUCAAGUGGCAGGCCACGAUCAGCCCCCGGAGCUCAAGCAAAAGAUUGCCGAUCUUUGCGACAAAUAUAUCCAAGCUCCCAACAUUAUUCUGGCCAUCUCGGCAGCUGAUGUUGAUCUCGCAAACUCGACCGCACUGCGCUCCAGUCGGCGCGUAGAUCCCCGUGGCGAGCGAACAAUUGGAGUGAUCACAAAGAUGGAUCUCGUUGCUCCGGAGCGAGGCCACGAUGUCCUCACUGAUAAGAAGUACCCUCUCCGUCUAGGGUACGUGGGUGUCGUGAGCCGCAUCCCUCAGACAAAUGCCCUCUUUUCCCGAGGAUCUGGAAACAUUACCAGUGCUAUUCUAAAGAACGAGAAUGCUUACUUCUCGGCCCACCCAUCCGAAUUUGGACUCCACUCAGAUACUUCCGUCGGCGUUACGACUCUGAGAAAGAAGUUGAUGCAUGUCCUUGAGCAGACCAUGGCAUCUAGCCUCUCGGGAACCAGAGACGCUAUCAGCCAGGAGCUUGAGGAAGCUACAUAUGAGUUCAAGGUGCAAUACAAUGACCGGCCCCUGAGUGCCGAGUCAUAUCUCGCUGAGAGCCUGGAUAGCUUCAAGCAUUCUUUCAAGGCAUUUGCCGAGGCAUUCGGUCGGCCGCAAGUUCGUGAGAUGCUCAAGGCUCAACUGGACCAGCGGGUUAUGGAUAUCCUGGCCCAGCGUUAUUGGAACAAGCCCAUUGAGGAUCUGACUCCAAGACAACCUGAAAUAGACCCUCUCAAGGAUCUGCCAAAGGCCGAUCCUGACUCGCUGUACUGGCACCGGAAGCUUGAUGCUUCCAGUUCUUCUUUGACAAAGCUCGGCAUUGGCAGACUUGCCACUACUGUAGUUGCCAGUGCUCUGCAGAACCACGUGGACCAGCUCCUUGCUUCUUCCACAUUCGCUUCUCACCCAGGAGCGCACAAGCAGAUCACGGAUGCUUGCAAUAGCAUUCUAAAUGACCGGUUCUUCAGCACAAGUGACCAGGUUGAGAACUGCAUCAAACCAUAUAAGUUCGAAAUUGAACUUGAGGACUCGGAGUGGGCCAAGGGCAGGGAAAACGCGAGCAGGGUGUUGAAGGAAGAACUCCGUGCUUGCGAGUCAGCUACAAAGCAUAUGGAGGAUCAGAUUGGAAAGCGUAAGAUGAAGGAUGUGAUGUCAUUCAUUGACAAGGUUCUCAAGGGCGAUGUGGUCCUGGAGGGCAACGGUUCGGGCGGCGCUGGUGGUUUCAGUGCCGACUUGCUAGCAAGAGGCCGAGAGGGCGUCUUUCUCCGUGAUCGAGCGGAUCUCAUCAGAAUGAGACUCAUGGCCGUUCGAUCCAAGCAAUGUGCCACGCAAAAGAACAAAUACUACUGCCCAGAGGUCUUCCUCGAUGUCGUCGCCGACAAACUCACUUCAACGGCAGUGCUGUUCCUCAACGUGGAACUUCUCUCCGAAUUCUACUACAACUUCCCCCGCGAGCUCGAUGCACGACUCGGCCGUCACCUUUCCGAUGCUGAGAUCGAGCGUUUCGCUCGCGAAGACCCGCGCGUCCGUCGUCACCUCGACAUUAUCCGCAAGAAGGAGCUUCUCGAGUUGGCCCUGCAGAAGAUUGAAGGCAUCCGCCAGCUAGACGGUCGCAGCAUGCACCGGAAAGCGGAUCGUGCGCAAGCCGCCAAGGAUACUCGCAGUCGCUGGAACAUCUUCUGA